AAAAAAAAGCAAAAAAGUAAAUAAUUUUACUCAUUAAUCGUAAAUAUAACUUUCGAUAAGUCGACGUAAUAGAAGUCGAGCAACGUUAAUUAUUAACGAUCAUUUCAGCUUUCGGUACGGUCAAUGUGUUUAUGUGUUGCUGGAGUAAAAUAUUUGGAGGGAAUGUUAGAAAUAUUCGAUUAUUUUAUAACUAUCCUACGAAUAUUUUCCUCUUUUAUAAUUGUUAAUUAAUAUCCAACAGCCUCAGCUGUAAUCAUAAAUUGAAAUUGACAUUGUUUACAAAUAUAUAUGACUAUUUCAAAUGCUUGAACAUUCAUAAACUACAAUCAUGUGAUAGAUAUUUAUAGGAAUUAUACAUCACUUUAUGGGAGUUUAAUGCCAAUAAAUAAAUCUUGAAAAUGUCUUCGAUAAAUGAAAUCAGUUCUACCAGUGAAUCAUCAUCAUCAUCUUCAGAAAGUGAUAGUGAUAAUGAGCUAUGCCAACAAGAAAAUUCAUUAUCUCAAAAUGGACUCAAAAGACCACUUGCAAUUCGAAAAGAUGGGAUGGCAGUGUGUGAACGAUGUGGAAAUAUUGGUGUGAAACAUGCUUUCUACUCAAAGACAAAACGUUACUGUAGUUUAGCAUGUUCUAGGGGUUUACCUAAAGCAACAGGAGGAAAGACCUCCACUCAAAUGAAAACUACUAAAAGACCAAUUUCACAAUCUACUUUAAAGAAAAGUUCUCAUUUAAAGAAAUCCAAACAAGAUUUAGCAGGAUCUUUUGAUUGGAAACCAUUUUUAGAUAGGCCUGAUUUUAGUGCUGCACCAGUUUCAUGCUUUAAACAUGUUUCAAUGUCUGAUUGUUGGGAUAAUAUAACAGUUGGAAUGAAAAUAGAAGUAGAAAAUAAAGAUUGUAAUAAUUUUGCACAUCUCUUUCCUAGCUUUUACUGGAUUGCUACUGUUAUCAAAAUAGCAGGUUAUAUGGCUCAGUUGAGGUAUGAAGGCUUUGGUACAGAUAACAGUAAAGAUUUUUGGGUAAAUCUGUGUACAGAGAAUAUACAUCCUGUAGGUUGGUGUGCUUCUCAAGGAAAACCACUUAUACCACCUAAAAGUAUUGAACAUAAAUAUAAUGAUUGGAAAGAAUUUUUAGUAAAACGCCUCACUGGGGCAAGAACACUACCAGCAAAUUUCCAUAUAAAGGUUAAAGAGGGUCUGAAAAGUCGGUUUCAACAAAAAAUGAAAUUAGAAGUUGUUGACAAGAAUCGUAUUUCAGCUGUUAGAGUAGCCAAAGUCAUAGAAGUAAUUGGAGGUAGACUUCACGUGGCUUAUGAAACAGCAGAAGAGGAUGAGGGAUUUUGGUGCCAUGAACGUUCUCCUCUUAUUCAUCCUAUUGGUUGGGCUCAAAUAGUAGGACAUGACUUACGUGCUACUCCAGAGUAUGCAAAAAAAUCUUUGCAAAAAACUCUUCUUAAAAAAUUUGAUUCAGAUGAUGCAGUUUGGGAUAUGUUUCUUCCUGUCAAAAACUUAUCAGAGCUUAAAUUUAAAGAAGGAAUGAAAUUAGAAGCAAUAGAUCCUCUGAACUUAUCAACUGUUUGUGUUGCAACAGUAACUAAAGUGUUAAGAAACAAUUAUCUCAUGAUUGGUAUUGACGGUAUGAUGGCAGCGAAUGGUUCUGACUGGUUUUGUUAUCAUGCCUCAUCACCUUGUAUAUUUCCUGUUGGAUUUUGUGAAUUAAAUAAUAUUGAGUUAACUCCUCCAAGAGGUCAUAAAGGAGAAUUCAAAUGGUUUGAAUAUCUCAAAAAUACUAAGUCAGUUGCUGCUCCUGUUGCUUUGUUUAAAAAGGAUAUUCCAAAUCAUGGAUUUAAAGAAGGAAUGUAUUUAGAAGCUGUUGAUUUAAUGGAGCCACGUCUAAUAUGUGUUGGUGCAGUUACAAAAGUUGUAGGUCGUUUACUAAGAAUACAUUUUGAUGGUUGGGAUGAAACUUAUGACCAAUGGUGUGACUGUGAAAGCCCUGAUUUGUUCCCUGUUGGAUGGUGUCAAUAUGUUGGUUAUCGACUAGAACCUCCACGUAAUCAAAUUGGUGUAGAAUUUAGUGUCAAAAGAAAAAAGAAACAUCAAAUAUAUAAAGGUCCAAGGAAGAAAAAGAAAGGAAGAUUAGGAUUUUAUAAAAAGGGAAUGGUGCGCACUAAGGUUAAUCCAUCUGCUCAAGAAAAUAUAAAUACUGGGCCUAUUAAACAAGAAAGUGAUGAUACAGUUUCUUCUACAUCAGAUAUUCCAGUAACAUGUUCAUCUCCAUCUGUUGGAGAAAAAUGUGGUUUUCAAUCAGUUGAAAAUAAUGGCAAUAAAUUUCCUUUCAUUAUGAAAAUGAGUGAUAUAAAGACAUCAGUUUGUGGACCUGCUUUAAGUUCAACUCACUCUGAAGUUAAUCCUGAGCAAUGGGAUGUUUUGGAUGUAGCACAAUUUCUUCGAAUUAAUGAAUGUGGUGCCUACUGUCAAAUGUUUAGCCAACAGAAAAUUGAUGGAAAGAAAUUCUUAAGCAUGACAAAGGAAGAUAUUAUGUCUCUAACUGGAAUGAAAGUAGGACCAUCAUUGAAAAUUUUUGAUUUAAUUCAACAAUUAAGAACACAAAUUGGAAAACAUAAACCAAAGUCAUGAAAUUUUCAAAAUGUGGCUGAUAAAUUACAAAUUAAAAAAAAUGUCUAUUGUUGUUAUUUUUAAUGUUAAUAUUAAGUUUAAGGGUUUAAUUUUUCAGCCACAUGGGUAUUAUUUGAACUGAUUUUAUUUCUAAUCAAUAGUCAUUUGUACAUAAAGAAAUCUUGUUGUUAAAACACAGUUGGAGUAAUGUAUUAAAUUAAAAUGUAUUAUCAUAGUUUUCAUUAACAGUCAUAAUUGAAAUUUACUCAAAAAAAUUUUAUAAUAAUUAUAUUAUUUUAAAUCUAUUGGCUCAUAAA